UGUCGGCUGUGAAAAUUUCCCAAAAUAGUUGUGUAUUCCAUAAACAGCUGAUUUAUUUUAACAAAAUUUACUUCUUUGUAAUUUUCGGUGUAAUAUUUUUGCUGGCGUAUAAAUUGAUUGAUUAAGACAAGUGCAGAAAUGGGUAGCUGGCGAUUGGAAGUUUUUAAAAUGACGCUGUACAUGUCCUUUCCUGUGGCCAUGUUUCACAUCUUCAAUCAACCGGCUUACUUUGAGGAAUGGGUAACCAAGACAAGGCGUGAGUUAUAUCCACCAGAGAGUUUAGGUCAUCGGGAAGAGAUACAAAAAGCCAUAAAAGAUGUGCGUGAAAAAAGAGAUAAAGAAAUGCUGAAGGCAUUAGAGGAUAUAGAAAAGCGUGGAAAAUAAUUGUUUACGACAAAAUAAUAAUAGUUACCACAAAAGCCGUGUGUUAUACUAGAAUAUUAUAUAAGGUUAUUUAUGUUUUUUGUGAGUUGCACUAUUUACCUAUAAUGAACAUUACACAUUUGUUUUUGGAAUAUGAUUGAAAGAAUAAUUAAUUAUCAAAUUGAUUUUUAUUUAUUAUUUAUUCAUAAAUAACUUUUAUAAUAAAGCUUUAAUAUUACUCAUAAAAAUAUCUUUCGUGGCGGCAUUAAAUUAUAUUUAUAAAGUACCAUUGCCAAACGCUUGGCAGAGACCUGACAUAAAUGUUACAGGUUUUCACUGAAGUAUACGUCUACUUGGAAGUAAAAAUAUGUAUAUUUUUUUUAUAUCAUAUACAACAUAGUCUUAAUCUAUUUACUAAUAAAUUCACUUAAUUCAACUUAAA